AUGCAGCGGACGCAUAUGAUGGUCGAGGAAAACCGAGUCAUGUUAUUCAGUAAAUCCUACGACCCCUCGUCCAUGAAGGUCAAGAGCGUGCUGCACGGACUCGGCGUGCGACCCAGUGUUUGCGAACUCGAUAAAGAGUAUGACGGCGAGGAACUGGAGGACGCUGUGGCGAGUAUGAUUGGUUCGCAUACGAUACCCGCUUUGUUCGUCAAUGGACGCUUCGUCGGCGGUCUAGAUGACGUGAUCAGCAUGAACUACAACAGGGAUCUCAUCCCCAUCCUUCAAGAAGCAGGCGCACUCGCAUACUAA